AUGGAACUGAAACCAGGAAGCAACUGGCUCAAGCUUCAGAAGAAGAGCCAGACGACGCGCCGGAAGGGCAAGGUUGUGAAGGGGUCGCAGAAGACGAAAGGGUCGCAGAAGGCGAAGGAUGCCCACGGCGGCAGCACCAAGACGUUGAUUGACAGCAUCAACGAUGAGCUGGAGAAGAGACAGGGCGGCGCGAGGGACCCGGAGGCUCUGAAGCAGUGGGCUGAGGAGCACGACAUUGCCGCCAAGGACCUCAGCGACGCAUACAACCUCCCGCGUUCCAAGAUCAACACCAGCGAGCCGGUGUCAAAGCAGAAGCAGAGUAUAGGCAAGUACUUGGCCAUCGACUGCGAGUUUGUCGGUGUUGGGCCUCAGGGCACCGAGGAUGCGCUUGCCAGAGUGUCGAUAGUGAACUUCCACGGGCACACGGUGUACGACAGGUACGUGAAGCCUCGAGAGCGUGUGGUGGACUGGAGAACGUGGGUCUCUGGAAUCCAACCUCAUCACAUGAAGGAGGCCAUAGACUUCAAGACCGCACAGAAGGAGGUGAGCGACCUGCUAGACGGGAAGGUGCUGGUGGGCCACGCUGUGGACCACGACCUGGAUGCCCUGCUGCUGAGCCAUCCAAAGAGCAUGAUCAGGGACACCAGCAGGUUCGCCAAGUUCAGAAAGCUGUCCAAGGGCAAGACCCCGGGGCUCAAGAAGCUUGCAAAGGAGCUGCUGAACAUGGACAUCCAAGGUGGCGAGCACUCGUCCGUGGAGGAUGCUAAGGCUACGAUGCUGCUCUACAAGCUGGAGAAGAAGGAGUUUGAAAAGACGUACUUGAGAACAAGACAUUAG